GAAAGCAGCCAGAGGAAGACCAAGGACUGAACAAGGCUGAAGGCAGCCAGAGGAAGACCACAGCUCACAGCCAUGGGUUGGGACCUGAAGGUGAAGAUGCUGGGGGGCCAGGAGUUCCAGGUGCCCCUGACCAACUCUACACUGGUGUCAGAUUUGAAGCAGCAGAUCACCCAGAAGAUGGGUAUACACACCUUCCAGCAACGCCUAGUCAUUCACCCAAGUGGUGUGGCACUGCAGGACAAGGUCCCCCUUGUCAGCCAGGGCCUGGGCCCUGGCAGCACAGUCCUGCUGGUGGUGCAGAGCUGUGACAACCCCCUGAGCAUCCUGGUGAGGAACGACAGGGGCCGCAGCACUGCCUACGAGAUCCGGCUGACGGAGACCGUGGCCAGCCUCAAGCAGAAGGUGUGCUUACAGGAGCACGUGCAGAGCGACCAAUUCUGGCUGAGCUUUGAAGGGAAGCCGAUGGAAGACAACCUCCCUCUGGGGGAGUACAGCCUCACACCCCUGUGCACAGUGUUCAUGAACCUGCGCCUGCGUGGGGGUGGGGGUAGAGCGGGGCUCCCCACCAGCGCCUGACCAGGAGCAAAUGUUGAUACUAGAAAUAAAUGCGGAUACAAAGAGCAAGACCUACCU